UUUCCUUCCCCUACCUUGUGCGGUGCGAGAGAAAGCGCGUGUGCCUCUGAGCCUCCGCACACAUCUUAUAUAAAAAAUCAAAAAUACAAAAAAAAUUACAAAAACAAAAAAACCCCCACAAACAAAGAUCUACUUUUAUCACCGAAUAUCUCGGUGAAGCAGGAUUCGCGACAGAUUUGAGGAGAUUAUUCGAGCAGCACCGUACGUACGCUUUGACUUCAGUAGGCCUGAGGUAAAUUUUAAUCAUCGUGUCUUGAGCGAUACCGCGAACACGUCGACGAUUAUUCGGUACCGAACGCGUUUUAAUUGACCCUUCAGUCUGUUUUCUGGCGGUUGUUUGUCGUUUGACCGUAUUCGAGGAGACUGUCGAGCGCGUUCGAGCUCGUCCGUCGCCAUUACAGCCGCUCGGUAGCGUAACUCCUCCGCGUGUUUUCGGCUCAGUUUUUUCGGGUGUCGUGGUUCUAACCGCGUUGUCCAUUAGUAUAUCGUUCAUUGGUCGUACGAUAGUCGUUAAAGAAGAUGAAUCCAAGCGCUCCGAGUUACCCGAUGGCGUCUCUGUACGUGGGCGAUCUCCACUCGGAUGUGACCGAGGCCAUGUUGUACGAGAAGUUCAGCCCAGCCGGGCCCAUUCUGUCGAUUCGGGUGUGCAGGGACAUGAUGACCCGUCGCUCUCUGGGUUAUGCCUACGUGAACUUCCAGCAACCCGCUGACGCCGAACGCGCUUUGGACACCAUGAAUUUUGACGUCAUCAAGGGCAGACCCGUCCGGAUCAUGUGGUCCCAGCGCGACCCCUCGCUGCGCAAGAGUGGGGUGGGCAACAUUUUUAUCAAGAACUUGGACAAAUCCAUCGACAACAAGGCCCUGUACGACACCUUCUCUGCCUUCGGCAACAUUCUGUCCUGCAAGGUGGUUUGCGAUGAGAAUGGCUCAAAAGGCUACGGCUUUGUGCACUUUGAGACCCAUGAGGCGGCCGAAAGAGCCAUUGAGAAAAUGAAUGGCAUGUUGCUCAAUGACCGCAAAGUGUUUGUGGGUCGUUUCAAGUCUCGCAAGGAGCGUGAGGCCGAGAUGGGAGCUCGUGCCAAAGAGUUCACCAAUGUUUACAUUAAGAACUUCGGAGAAGACAUGGACGAUGAGAAGCUGAGGGAGGUCUUCGGUCAAUACGGUCCAGCUCUCAGUAUUCGUGUCAUGACCGACGAGAGCGGCAAAUCUAGAGGCUUUGGUUUUGUCAGCUUCGAGCGGCAUGAGGACGCACAGAGGGCUGUGGAUGAGAUGAACGGGAAGGAGGUGAACGGGAAGCAGGUGUACGUGGGUCGUGCUCAGAAGAAGGGAGAACGUCAGACGGAACUCAAGCGUAAAUUUGAGCAAAUGAAGCAGGACCGCAUGACCCGUUAUCAGGGAGUGAAUCUCUACGUCAAGAAUCUAGAUGACGGCUUGGACGAUGAACGUCUGCGCAAAGAAUUUUCACCCUUCGGCACCAUCACAAGUGCAAAGGUUAUGAUGGAGGGCGGCAGAAGCAAAGGCUUUGGAUUCGUGUGCUUCUCUUCUCCUGAAGAGGCCACGAAGGCUGUGACCGAAAUGAACGGCCGUAUCGUCGCUACCAAACCUCUGUAUGUGGCUCUGGCCCAGAGGAAAGAGGAGCGUCAGGCCCAUCUCACCAGCCAGUACAUGCAGAGGAUGGCCACUGUCAGAGCUGUUCCAAACCCAGUCCUUAACCCCUACCAGCCCGCACCACCGUCUGGUUACUUCAUGGCUGCUAUUCCACAGGCUCAGAAUCGUGCUGCAUACUAUCCCACCAGUCAGCUGGCACAGCUCCGCCCCAGCCCUCGCUGGGCAACGCAGGGUGUCCGCCCUCAGCAUUUCCAGAACAUGCCAAACGCCAUCAGGCCUUCAGCCCCCCGCCCAACCUUCGGUGGGGUGCGUCCCACGUCCUCGCAGGUUCCCCGAAUGAUGGCAUCGCAGCGAAUGACCUCUCAAGGGAUGGGUCCUCGUCCCGCAGCUGCAGCCACAGGAACCGCUCCAGUGAGAGGUAUGCCACAGUACAAGUACGCACCUGGAGUCCGCAACCCACAGCAGCACAUGCCCACUCAACCUCAGGUCCCCAUGCAGCAGCCUGCUGUACACGUUCAAGGUCAGGAGCCUCUGACUGCAUCCAUGUUGGCUGCCGCCCCACCACAGGAACAGAAGCAGAUGCUGGGUGAGCGUCUCUUCCCUCUCAUUCAGAACAUGCAUCCCAGUCUGGCUGGAAAGAUUACUGGAAUGUUGCUGGAGAUCGACAACUCUGAGCUGCUCCACAUGCUGGAGUCACCAGAGUCUCUGCGCUCUAAGGUUGAUGAAGCUGUCGCUGUGUUACAAGCUCAUCAAGCCAAAGAAGCCGCACAGAAAUCAGUGCCCAACCCCGCCGUCUCAGCUGUCUGAGAUAAAAUGAUAAUCUGUGAGCCUGACUUUACCAGGAAGGAAGCGUCACAAAAUAGAUAACUAUUGAAAAACCUGAUACUCAAAAGUAAAAAAGAAUACAGUGGACACAUCAAAAUAUUUUGCCAGGUCAAGAGGUUAAAUCUGGACCUUGAUUAUAUUUAAAAAAUCUUAAAAAAAAUGGGAAAAUUUUAAUUUUGAAAAUUCCAAAACAUUCCUUUCUUUUUAUUCCUCUUAAUGAAUGCUCAUUAUCAAUUGUGUUCUUGAUGGCUGAACAUUUGGGAAAUUGGAUUUAACUGCUUGAAUAAAUAAAAACUUUAAACAUG